GGAACGGUCCUUAUUCGGCUCGCGGGAGGGACCGCCUUAACUGGACAGACACAGCAAGGUGCUAAAGAUGCCUUCCAUCAGAGGCCAGGUUGGAAGCUCUAAAGAGACUUCUCUCGCUGUUCUCUCACCCACCCCCAGGUUGUGUGUGUCCCGCUGUGGAUUCUCAUGUCCUUUCUGUGCCUGGUGGUCCUCUACUACAUUGUGUGGUCCGUCUUGUUCUUGCGCUCUAUGGAUGUGAUUGCGGAGCAGCGCAGGACACAUAUAACCAUGGCCCUGAGCUGGAUGACCAUCGUCGUGCCCCUUCUUACAUUUGAGAUUCUGCUGGUUCACAAACUGGAUGGCCACAACGCCUUCUCCUGCAUCCCGAUCUUUGUCCCCCUUUGGCUCUCGUUGAUCACGCUGAUGGCAACCACAUUUGGACAGAAGGGAGGAAACCACUGGUGGUUUGGUAUCUGCAAAGAUUUCUGUCAGUUUCUGCUUGAAAUCUUCCCAUUUCUACGAGAAUAUGGAAACAUUUCCUAUGAUCUCCACCAUGAAGAUAAUGAAGAAACCGAAGAGACCCCAGUUCCGGAGCCUCCUAAAAUCGCACCCAUGUUUCGAAAGAAGGCCAGGGUGGUCAUUACCCAGAGCCCUGGGAAGUAUGUGCUCCCACCUCCCAAAUUAAAUAUCGAAAUGCCAGAUUAGAUGCCACUUCCCGGGACAGAGCUUAAGUGGACUGGGACGCGCUCUCUCUGCCUGCCUCUGCCCCGUCGUUCACCCCGCAGACCAGAACCAGUACUGGAGCUGGGUCUCCAGGUACGUCCAUCUCAUGCCUUGUUUGCAUCCAGCGCCUAUCAGCCACUCACCACGACGGGACGCGGAAGUGGCAGGUGAUGGGGGUGUGUGCCAGCAGAUGCGGAUGCCAGGAAGAGUAUGAGAACGGGUGGGAUUUCCAUCUGUCUGGGAGGAGCUCCAGGUACCCCUCUUCCCCAUCAGACCCACUGGGGGAUGCCUGCUUGCCAGGCCCCCAGAAGGAACAUCUGUCUACACGGUGCUGAAAUCUCAAUCAAAAGUGUUGUUUCGAAAUGUAUUUCUCCACAGGGCUGACCUCCUGCAGCUCCCUCAGCACUCCCAGGUCCUCAGCACUCCCAGGUCGCGGCUGGGGCAGUCAGUAGGAACUGUAACUAUGUCUCUGAUGCACCACGUGUUUAGACACAGCACAGUCCUUUUUUCUGUUCCUACUGUGGAAGUAGUUUCUCUUUGGGCAUGCUGACAGCAGUUUUUCAUAGCCUCACCGAUGAGCUCUUUCUACGGGAGUGACUCCAUGCCUGUAUACAGAGUAUUUAUACAAAUGUUUUAGCAUCUUCAUAUGCGGUGUUAACCCCUAGUUCUGUACAGCAUAUUCUGUUCAAGUAUUUUUUUACAAGCUUGUGCUGUAGCCACAUGCCUUCUGCUGCAGAAGUGGAUGCCCGUGGCACACCCACCCCGCCCCAGUGGGGUGCCACGCCUUCGUGGGACAUUGCCACUUCUGCCCUGGAAGUCGUGCAGGUACGUAGUAGCUGCUACUGGCAGAGCAGCAACGCCAAGCAAGAGAUGGUCCAUGCUUUUCUGACGUUCUCAGAAUAGUGGCUAGCCUAAAACCUGACAAGCGCUGCUUGAAGCCGGAACACUGGAGAAUGUUGCUGAGAGCAGAAACGGCCACGCGGGUCACGACUAUGCAUGGGAAAGUCUCAAGCUUCCCUCCUGCCAGCAACAAGAAGGCUUUGGGGUAGGCACGAUGUUUUCCUAUGUGCGUGCCGUUUCUCCAAGCAGUGCAGGUUCCGCCGUGUGUCAGAGGCUGCAAGUUUAACAUCCUCCUGCCUGAAAACAAAUAGGUCCCUUGCUGAAAAGAGGGUAAAAAAAGAGCUUUGAUCUUCUCAGCCAGGAGAAGAGUGUGGCGUUUUAACAUGGGCAACUACUCGCCGGCCUACAUGGGGUUAAUUCAAGUCUGCUGCGAACACGACUCCGCCUCCAGCAAGCCCUGUUCUCUUUGGGGUACAGGGGAACAGGAUGGUUUAGCCUUUCCUGCUCAGUGUGUAAAAAAUGUAGCUAAAGCCACUAUUUUUGCUCUCUUAAGCUGUU